GAUCCCGCACUCCUUUAACUCGCGCUGACCAAUGCUCCUCACCACCACCCGCAUCGUCGCCACCGUCCCACGACUUAUCACUCGCCGUCCCCCCUCUCCACUUGUCAAAAUAGGCUCCUCAUUCUCUACCCAAGUCGACCCCGCUAAGAUGGGUGCUGCAAAGGACUUUGUUGAGCGCGAGAUCAAGGCGCAUGAUGUGCUCGUGUUUUCCAAGUCGUACUGCCCGUACUGCCGCAGCGCCAAGAACAUCCUGCACCAGUACACGGACGCCAUGAAGGUCUACGAACUCGACGAGAUGGACGACGGCGCCGACAUCCAAGCCUACCUCGCCGAGCGGACCGGGCAGCGCACCGUGCCAUCCAUCUGGCUCAAACAGCAGUUUAUCGGCGGCAACAGCGACUUGCAGGCGCUUUCGGCCGCCGAGAUCAAGAAGCGUAUCCAGGGAUAGAGUAGAGUUAUUAGAUAAAUCUUGUGAGGACGAAGUGGGGACGGAGGGCCGAUCCGGAACGUCGAUGGACAUGUGACGGAGAUCAGAGGAGGAGAAGGGGGGAACGGGGCAGGGAUCGGAGAUCGGCACGCCGCCCAUGACCAUCGCCGUGAGCCAGAUGCUCCAGAUGCAGAUGCCUUGCCAUGCCAGAAUUUCUGACCAGAGAUGUACAG